AUGGCUAAUCUCCGACUGCCACCGGACCUUCUGCUCCUUGUGAUGAAGCAGGUUGAUUACGGCGAAAAAUUCAGUGCCGCACAAAAUUCGCUGCGUAAUGCUAUACUGGUGAACCGCGAAUGGGCUGAAGCUGGCACCUACAUAUUGUGGAAUUGUCCACCGGUAACGGCACUUGCUGCUGUAUCACCAGACCGAAGACAGCACUAUGCGAACAAGAUAUCCGAAAUGUUCUUUGAGGGAGAAGACGAUUCAAAGCAUCAUGCGACCUUUAAGGACUUGAGUUUUCCACGCUUGAAAAUCGUUCACAUCCCAAGACUUAAGCUCAAAAAACAUGAACAGCUAUAUCUCACCCAAUACAUGCAGGCGCAACUAACGGAAUUCCACUUCUGGGGAGGUGGAGUCUGUGAGAAUGCUCUUAUGACUCUAGCAUCCAAUUGUCCUGACCUUGAAGACCUAAAUCUCGAAUGCCCGAUAGAUGACUCUAGUCAGGACCAGCUUCUUGAGUUCUUCAUAAGCCAAAACUCCAUAGAGGUCAUUUACUUUGGCUAUGGCCGGGCCGGGCUCGUCACGUUAGUGCUAUUGGCAGGCUUGGCUAGUCUUGAGAGUUUGGAAAAGCUCGAUAUCAGCUCUCUAGCAGAAGACCACGCAAUACACAUGGGUCUAGGCAUGAGCCCACACCCGUUUAGCAACCUUCAAAAUCUUCACAUGAGAGUAGAGUCAAAAUCCGUCGCACGUUUGGUUUCUGCUGCUCCCUCUCUAUCUAUAUUGUUCUUGAUCAUCGAGGACUCUGAUUACGAUGCCCUAGCAUCUCUCAAACCGCUGUCAAACUUAGUCCAUCUUGAGUUGACGUUCCUCGACGACAUAUAUUUGUCCCCGCAAGGGUUUCGUGCUCUGGAAACCCUGAAGGGAUUGGAGGUUCUGCUGUUAGAUUCCAGACGAGCAUUACUGGAAGCAAUGUGGAUGGAUGAUGGUAUCUUCGCUAGACAUAGUCACGACAUCUUAUCAUCUGAAUUUGUUCGGUUGCCAUGUGAUUCUCAAAGACGGUUUCUUCUGUCAAUGUCCAAAUUGUCAGAACCACACGCCUGUUGA